GGGAGAGUAUAUAGGAGCGGAGCCCGUCCAGGAGAGCACACAACAGGUGCACCGGGCAUGGCCGGGUCCUCCAACAGGCUGAGAGGGAAGGGAACGGUGUUUUACUCAUUUAAUAGAAACUGAAGAUGGGUCUGAAAAGUGGACAUUCAAAUGACUGGGACGAUAUGAGGAGAAUGCUGAGAGAUGUUGUAGGAAAGAGAAGACACUGCCCCUUCAAGGGACAAAACGACGCCCAUCAGGUGUCGUACAAGCGGUUCAGGAGGCGGAUCACCCAGAGGAGCAGCAGUGAGGGUCCUGCUGCGAGUACACCGCUGGCCACUGGGCGGCAGUGUGAUCCAAGCUUUGAGUUUGAUACAGUCUGUCAGAGACUGGAGCUGGAUUCUCCACCGGCAAAGGGAGUCCUACAGGGAAACCUUCAAGAGACGGCAUUGGCAGGAGGCGUGUCCCACUGUGGUGGUGUUACACCAGCGAACACACCACGCAGCAUUACUGCCAGGGGACGGCCUGCAGCAGAAAAUGCCCCAGAACAGGGAUGGGUGUGGAGCGCUGCAGUUCAAGAAGAUGGAAAUGUUCAACAGGCUGGUUCUGAUGAGAGAAGACAUGAUUUGCAGCCAUUUGCUGUUCUGGACAAAGCUUCUGUGAGUCUGCAGGGAAAGUCAGUGAUGAAGAUGGCAGCACCGUCACUGCUGAACGACUACUACACUAAUCUUCUCGACUGCAGUUGUAAUGGUAUGAUUGCAUUAGCACUGGGCUCUUCUGUUUACCUUUGGAAUUCAGAAACUCGUGCUCUGGUGGGAUAUUUGGACCAGAGUCCACAACCAGGACGAUCACGCCUUCAGACUCCAUCCAUCUCGUGUCUGUGCUGGAGCAAAGAUGGGCGAGCUCUCUGCAUUGGGACCAGGCGAGGGGAGGUACAGUUGUGGGAUGUUGAACGCAAGCAGAACAUGAGGUAUCUGCCAUCACAUCUGUCUGUGGUCAGAGCUCUUUCCUGGAAACAGCAGUUACUCAGCAGCGGCUCUGUUCUCGGAAGAAUCCACCACCUUGACCCUCGGGAUCCUGCACCUCUGGUGGGCGCAGCCGUCCAGAAGGAUGGGAUCUGCAGCCUUCAGUGGUCACCAGGAGACGACUGGUUGGCCAGCGGCUCCACAGAGGGCCUUCUCUGUAUAUGGGAUAGUGAUGUCGCAGGGGUCACAAGGUCACGCCAGCCAAUCACUACAAUGAAACAGCCCAGCGCCGUUAAGGCGAUGGCAUGGUGUCCAUGGCAGAGAAAGAUGAUCGCUACUGGAGGGGGAUGGAAAGACGGAGAGCUGAGAAUCUGGGACACAGAGUCAAAGACUUGUGUGACUUCUGCCAACACAAAUUCACAGAUCUGUUCUCUACGAUGGGCUGAAGAGAAGAGAUAUCUGGUCACAGGUCACGGCCUUCCUCAGCACCAAGUCACCUGCUGGACCUGGGAGCUUCCCUCCCUCAGCCCCAUCUACCAGCUCACAGGUCAUUCUCAUCGAGUCCUGCACUUGGCCUUAAACCCUGACAGUACUCAGAUUUUCUCUGCUGGAGCGGACCAGCGCUUUCACAUCUGGGACAUGUAAUUAUCAACAUCACUCAACACAUAUUCUACAGUUCAGUGCAAAGAAGCUAGACUUUGUGUUUCGGCUCAGGAUAAUAUUUGAAUGCAAUUUCUCGUUGUUGUUGAAGCUAUCAUUUUGCAAGACGCUUUCUAUGAAAUCAAAUACUGUCCACAUGGAACUAAUUACCAUUUAUUUAUUUAUUCAUGUAAUUUGUAAAAUGAUGUUAAUGUUUUGUUUCAUGUAUGUUAUCCUUCCUCUGUCUUGCCUACACCUUAAAUGUAACCUCGUGAGAUAUGUAACCCAAUAAACAUUGUUAUAUGUGGCACUUUGAA